AUGUUUUCCCUGGGGUCCUGGCUCCCGGCGCUGCCCGGGCUGGCGUGGGGCUGGGCACUGCUGGAUGCGCUCCUGCAAGGGCUGGUGGGUGCCUGCGCCGUCUCGGUGCUCUGCAGCCUCCUGAAGGUUUAUCUCUACAUCCAGUGUGCGAAUAACCCCGAGAGGCAGGCGGAGAAGGAGGCGAUGGCGGCGCGGCGGCCGCUGCUGGAGCCGCUGCAGGUGCUGGUGCUGACGGCCGUCCUGGCCCUGGUGGGCUCCCGUGUGGCUGCGCUGGUGGUGCUGGAGUUCUCCCUGCGCGCCGCCUCCACCAUCCUCUCCCUCGGCAAGGGCGCCCACAGCAGCCAGCUCUACCUGCUGUGCCAGUACUCGCUGGGCUGCGGGGUGUCCUGCGGCCUCAGCUUCCUGCUGGAGGGGGCUCCGCACCGCAGCUGCAACCUGGCGCUGGCGGCGGGGCUGGCGGGGCUGCUGGCGCUGCACGCCCGGCGCCUGGCCCGCCACGUCUGCGCCCUGUACGAGCUGCACAGCCGGCAGCGCUACUGCGGCGUCUGCAUCCUGCUGCUGGCCGCGGGGCACGGCAUCCCGCGCCUGCUGCGCAACGCCCUGGCCCUCACCUUCGCCGUGGCCGACCUGGCCGCCGUGGAGCUCAUCAACCGCGAUUUCCUCUCCACGGGCGAGGCCGUGCGCUUCUGGAGCCCGCUGAGCAUCUGCUACACCCUGCUGGUCGUCUACAUGCAGGAGGAGUCCCGGCAGAGCACGGGCAGGGGGGCGGCGUUGCGGACCGUGCUGGUGCGGAUGGGCGGCCUCUUCAUCCUCCUCCUCACCGUGGGCCGAUGGACCGACAUCCUGCACGUCUUCGUGUCGCUGCUGGGGGAGCUCUGGUGCCUGCUGCACUCCGGGGUGCUGCUGGAGUCCUGCUGCAGGCAGGAUUUUGCUCAGCAGCCUCGCCUGGAUCGUCUGGCGGGAUCCGGAUCGGGGGAGACGUCCGAAUGAGCCGCGGGGUGGAACCGGACAGCAGAAACUCGGGGUGGCGUCGCUGGGCACCCCAGAAUCCCCCACCUCAGAUCCCCCAUGGGGACUAAGGAAAAAAGGGCUCCUGGAAGGCGUCCAGCCCCAGCAAGGGCUCCUGGAAGGCGUCCAACCCCAUCCCGUGGGAUGGAGGAGGUCGAGGGAAGGCUCGCAUUGCCCUUGGUUUUUGGGGGGACUCUGUGAGGUUGCAGCGCUGCUGGGGUUUGCCCUCUGCUCCCAGUGGGAUUGCAGGCUGCUGAUGGACGUCCCAUCGUUGCU